AUGAAACUUGAAAAUAUUGAAUUUUCAACUGGAAUUGCCCUACUUGAAGCAAGAGAAGCAGCCUCACGCAAGACCGGAUUAAUCAGUGUCAAUAAACAAAUCAAACAAAUGUCUAUGUUUAUAAAGCGCCAUUUCCGCGAUGUUCAACACCGCUCCUCAACGAAGAUUGCUAACAGUUUGGUCUUGAGAUCCGCUCUGAACAUCGUAAGUGUUGGAGAAGUAGUCAGAGAAGGAGAUAGAGAGUUCCAGAAAAAAGGACCAAAAAAAAGAAAUGCAGAUUUAGCAAAAGAGUGUUUAACACGAGUUAAGAAGAAAUUAGAACAAGAAGACGAUCGUCAACCGGGGCUUUUAGGUAGCCAGUGCAAGAGAACAAGAACGGGGCACAAGCAACUAGACGAGCAGCAGGGUUAA